AUGCCAGCGCUGUUGUUUUUUUUCCCACCGCUUUUAAAUUCAGAAAAGGAGAUUAUUGAAGCACAUAAUUAUUUUUACGGGGCCGCUAUUGCGGGAUUUCGAUAUGAAGAAGGACAAAAAAUAAGUUGCCGUAUUAUUUGGCAAGUCGCCGAAGCUGCCUUGCGCCUGCUUCCACCGCUCCUUCCCCCAGAAGGAAGAAUUCUAAAAGGAAAACCAAAAGGAGAGGGUUCUCGUUUAGUCGACGAGGAAUGUGGUUUGACCGAUCUUUCAGAUAUCCCUGUUGAGGCGGUGGCGGCGCUGAAGGGGUUUCCUUCCCUCCGAAUUAUCACCGUGAGAACGCGAUAUCCUAUAUUGAGUUUUAAAACUAACAAUCAUACUAAUAACACCUCUGUGAGCUCGAAUUUGAAACUUCACCCGCGUACCGGAAGUUCCUCUGCGAUGAAGGAGGUUGUUCAGCUUCAUUGGCAAUCGCUUUUGCCCUUUCUUCCCCCUAACCUUUCCCGCCUGCUUGGAUUUUCCGAAGACAACUUAGCGAGCUGCGUAUGGUAUGAAGUAAGCUAUCCAAACGGCGAGCCUUUCGCAAGAUCCAUUGUGGAAAAGACCGCGAAUGAUAAAACGAUUUCUAGAUUUAAAAAUCUUUGGAAAGAACAGCUACGAAUGAUUGGCAGUCCUUUUUUCAUCCUUCCUUCUUUUUUGGUCUUCGGGCAUGUAAAUUUGAAGGUUGGCAAGCGAAAUAUUCCACCUCGAUGUCGAAAGCACGAGCUAGAAUCCAUCCAACACGUGAAAAAGGUCCUUGUAGAUUUUACUGCUGCUUCUUCGAAUGGAUCUCCAUGCGUUUCAGAUAUACAGUUGAUGUAGAUUAUUAUUAUUUCCCUGAAGGUAAUUCUUGCGAAAGUCAAUAAAAAAGUGUAUCCACUUUCUAUUUUCUAUGCAAUCAGCAUUUUUAUACGUGUUAUCCUUUAUUUCUUUCCUUAAUCUCAUUGCUUGAUUUCUGUUUGGUUUUGCUGCUUAGUGUUUACUCUGGGUUUGUUAAGCACAUAUAAUGGUAAAAA